GCGGUGAAAAAAAAAUUGCUCGGUGAACUCACGGCUUCCCUUCUACUUCUAGUCGGCAUGAGGUAGCGGUUGUCAAGUUGUUGGAGAAAAAUGGCCGAGACACUGACUCUCUUUACUUCUAUCGGGCUGAGCGAACAGAAGGCAAAGGAAACGCUGAAAAAUGAGUCUCUCAGCUCGGCUCUUAGAGGCGCUAUUUCUCAGGCCCAAAGCAUCAUGGGCCCCAACCUGGAUAAGGCCACAGGUACGCUACUCUACAGCAUGACCUCUCGCCUGAAGGACGUCCGGCACCUCACCUUCCUCACCGAGUACAUUGGUCACCGCAAGAUCACCACAGACUUGCAGCUUUCAGCUGCUCUGGAGUUCCUCAAAAAUCAUCCAAAUGAUCUUAUCGUCCAGCCAGAGUUUGAUGCUGCAUGCGGUGUGGGAGUGGUUGUCACUCCUGAACAAAUUGAAGAAUCGGUGGAGGCAGUGGUUAAGAAAUACGAAAACCAGCUGCUGAAGGAGCGAUACCACUUCAACAUGGGACUGCUUAUGGGAGAAGCCAGAGCUGGACUGAAGUGGGCGGAUGGAAAAUCAAUCAAAAAUGAGGUGGACAUGCAGGUGCUUCAUCUCUUGGGCUCAAAGACAGAAGCUGACCUAGAGAAGAAACCCAAAGCUCCUAAACAAAAGCCCCAGGAGAAUGAAAGAAAAGAGGUGUCAACUGGGUGUGUAGAGGGGAAGUCAUUAAUGGAGCAACUGAGAGGAGAGGCUUUAAAAUUCCAUAAAGCAGGGGAGAACUAUAAAACAGAGGGUUAUGUGGUAACACCCAACACCAUGGAUUUGCUGAAUAAACAUCUGGAGAUCACAGGAGGGCAGGUUCGCACACGGUUUCCCCCGGAGCCAAAUGGCAUUCUCCACAUCGGUCAUGCCAAAGCCAUCAACUUCAAUUUUGGAUACGCCAAGGCCAAUGAUGGAAUCUGCUUCCUGCGCUACGAUGACACUAAUCCAGAAAAGGAGGAGGAAAAGUACUUCACAGGCAUCAGAGACAUGGUUGAGUGGCUUGGCUACAAGCCAUACAAAGUGACCUAUGCGUCCGAUAACUUCCAGGAGCUGUACGACCUUGCAGUGGAACUUAUUCGCAGGGGUCAUGCCUACGUGUGUCACCAGCGGGUUGAGGAGCUCAAGGGCCACAACCCUCCUCCUUCACCCUGGCGAGAUCGCCCUGUGGAGGAGUCCCUGAUACUGUUUGAGAGGAUGCGCAAAGGCAUGUUCUCCGAAGCCGAGGUGACGCUGCGCAUGAAGAUGGUCAUGGAGGACGGGAAGCAGGACCCUGUGGCGUAUCGAAUCAAAUACACGCCGCACCAUCGCACUGGAGACACAUGGUGCAUCUACCCAACUUAUGACUAUACCCACUGCCUUUGUGACUCCAUUGAGAACAUCACCCACUCCUUAUGUACCAAAGAGUUUCAGGCCAGGCGUUCUUCCUACUACUGGCUUUGCAAUGCCUUGGACGUGUACUGUCCUGUGCAGUGGGAGUAUGGCCGUCUCAAUCUGACCUACACUGUGGUCUCCAAGAGGAAGAUCAUCAAGCUAGUGGAGAUGGGUGCUGUCAGGGACUGGGAUGACCCUCGGCUUUUCACUUUGACAGCACUGAGAAGGCGAGGCUUCCCCCCUGAAGCCAUUAACAACUUCUGUGCACGGGUUGGUGUCACUGUUGCCCAGACCACAAUAGAGCCACACCUUCUGGAGGCCUGUGUUAGGGAUGUUCUCAAUGACACUGCCCCACGUGCCAUGGCGGUCCUAGAGCCCCUAAAAGUUACCAUCACUAACCUGCCUCAAGACGCACAGAUCCAGGUUCAAGUUCCAGACUUUCCAGCCAAUGAGGAGAGGGGCAGCCACAAAGUUCCCUUCACUCGUACCAUCUACAUUGAACGGAGUGACUUCAGAGAGGUGAUGGAAAAGGGCUACAAGCGCUUGACUCCCGAUCAGCCAGUGGGUCUGAGGCAUGCUGGAUAUGUCAUUUCCCUGCAAAAAUCCAUUAAGGACAACAGUGGAAAAGUUGUGGAGCUGGAAGUCACCUGUACAAAGACAGACUCUGCAGAAAAACCCAAAGCCUUCAUCCACUGGGUCAGCCAGCCUCUGAAGUGUGAAGUGCGACUAUACGAGAACUUAUUCAAGCACAGCUACCCAGAAGACUCACAGGUGGUGCCUGAAGGCUUUCUGAGUGACAUCAACCAUGAUUCCCUGCAGGUGAUAGAGAACGCCUUGGUGGAUUACUCAGUCAGUGGAGCCAAAGUCUUUGAUAAGUUCCAGUUUGAGAGAGUGGGCUACUUCUCUUUAGAUCCCGACAGCACCAAGGAGAAGCUGGUUUUUAACAGGACUGUGACGCUGAAAGAAGAUCCAGGAAAGAUUUGAUUAAGUGCUUGUUGAACUAUACCGGGACCCCCUCUUUUCUACUUUCUUCGGGCGGCGGGGGGGGGGGUGCUGUUUUGUAUUUGAUCCGAUCUUUUUUGUGGGCCAGUUAGUCUUCCACACUUCCAUAUUCUCAACAGUGUGCAGCUUCUAGCUGACCAAGGAAGUGGCAAGCAUGCUACUUUAAUGACAAUAAAAAAUUGGAAAUAUUGUUCCUCUUAUUUUGAUGUGUUGAAGCCUUCUUGUGAAUAUUUUUGUAUAUGAUUUCCUUU